AGCUGGCAAGACAGGAAAAUCGAGGCUUAAAUCUGGCCCACCAAAGCCUCGGGCCCUGAAGAGUCGGGCCUCGACCUGGGGCACCCCGCUCAGCGGGCUGCUCUUAAGGAGAGGUGGUACGACCACCAAUCCCUGAACAGAUCCAGCAGCGCUGCCCAUCCCUGACCCUUGGGGAACCAGUUCGGGCAGCGGGCCGGGCCGGCUUGGGCAGCGAACCCAACUGGAGGAGGGUGGGCCUGCGCUGCGGGGACCAUGUGGCUGUUGUCGUGGCCGUACGUGGUGGCGGGGGCGACGGCCCUGCUGUGGUGGCUGUGGCGCUGGCAGCGGGAGCGGCAGACAGUGGGGCAGCUGCACGACCGGUUCGUGUUCAUCACGGGCUGUGACUCGGGCUUCGGCCAUCAGCUGGCCACCCAGCUGGACCGGCGCGGGCUGCGGGUGCUGGCCGCCUGCCUGACGGAGCGAGGGGCCGAGCAGCUGCGGCGGAAGGCGUCCGGGAGGCUGCAGACGGUGCUGCUGGACGUGACCCGGCCCGAGAGCGUCCGGGCGGCGGCCCAAUGGGCCCGGGAGGCCGUGGGCGAGCGAGGGCUCUGGGGCCUGGUGAACAAUGCGGGCAUCGCCUUUCCGAUGGUGCCCAACGAGUGGCUGACCAAGGAAGACUUCACCAAGGUGCUGGACGUCAACCUCCUGGGGCUGAUCGACGUGACGCUCACCCUGCUGCCCCUGGUCAAGCGGGCCCGGGGCCGCAUCGUCAACGUGGCCAGCGUCAUGGGCCGCCUGUCCGUCUUUGGCGGCGGCUACUGCAUCUCCAAGUUUGGGGUGGAAGCCUUCUCGGACAGCCUGCGGCGUGAACUUUUCCACUUCGGCGUCAAAGUGGCCAUCAUCGAACCGGGCAACUUCCGGACCCAAAUCCUGGCGCCGGAAAACAUGCGGGCCUUGGUGGCCGCCACCUGGAGCCGCGCACCCCCCGGGGCCAGGGAGAGCUAUGGGGAUGUCUACCUGGACAGCUAUUGCCGGGGCCUGGAGCGCCUGAUUUCCGAGGCCAAGACCGACCUGUCCCCGGUGUACGGCUGCAUGACCCACGCGCUGACGGCCGUCCACCCUCGGACCCGCUACGCUCCCGGCCGUGACGCCCAGUUCAUCUACCUGCCCCUGUCCUAUCUGCCCACAUCGCUGAGCGACUUCCUGCUCAGAAGCUUCCUGAGCAGCGUGCCCCCGGCACGGGCCCGUUAGCGGGCAGAGGCCGGGCGGGGGGCUGCUGUGCCCGUCUGGGGACGGGGGCUCCAGCGCGUGCGGCGGGGAGGGAUCAGGUGCGAGGCUAGUAGGCCCUAAGCCGUGGGACCCCCCCCCCCCCCACCCUCACCCCCU